GAACAGGACUUGGAGUUCCAUGGCGUGAUGCGGUUCUACUUCCAGGACCGGGUUGCCGGUAACUUCGCCACAAAGUGCAUCAGAGUGUCCAGCACAGCGACAACGCAGGAUGUCAUUGAGACGUUAGCUGAGAAGUUCAGACCAGACAUGAGGAUGCUCUCUUCUCCAAGAUAUUCUCUGUAUGAGGUCCAUGUCAGUGGCGAAGAGCGUCAGCUAGACCUGGAUGAGAAGCCUCUUGUUGUUCAGCUGAACUGGAACAAAGACGACAGAGAAGGACGCUUUGUCCUGAAGAAUGAGAACGACAUCCUUCCCAAGAAGAGUCAGAGUAAUGGUCCGGAGAAGGAGAAGGAUGGAGUGAUCCAAAACUUCAAGAGGACUUUGUCCAAGAAGGAGAAGAAGAAGGAAAAGAAGAAGGAGAAGGAGUUCGCCCGGAUCCCUGAUGGAGACGAGCAGGCGCUCAACCGGGAGGACGGGGAAAACAGCCGUCUGGCGGCAGAGGUUUACAAGGACAUGCCUGAGACCAGCUUUACCAGGACAAUCUCCAACCCAGAGGUGGUGAUGAAGAGGAGACGCCAGCAGAAACUGGAGAAACGCAUGCAGGAGUUCAUGAGCAGUGAUGGGAGGCCGGACUCGGGAGGCACUUUGCGGAUAUACGCUGACAGUCUGAAGCCCAACAUCCCGUAUAAGACCAUCCUGCUCUCGACAAGAGACACGGCUGACUUUGCAGUGGUGGAGGCGCUGGAGAAGUACGGGCUGGAGAAGGAGAACCCCAGAGAGUACUGCAUCGCCCGGCAAGAAGACAAGUCGGGCAAGGAGGCGAUCCUGGAUGAUACAGAGUGUCCACUGCAGAUCUUCAGGGACUGGCCUGCUGACAGAGGAGCGCUAGUGUUCCAGCUGAAGAAAAGACCCCCAGACUACCAGGGGAGGAAGGGAAGGAAAAUAGAUGACAAGGGCCUGCGAGGGAAGGACAGCAGCAGUUCCCUGCCCCCGGAAAAACUGCCUUACCUGGUGGAGCUGAGCCCAGGGCGAGGGAAUCACUAUGCCUACUACGCCUAUCGGCACCAUGAAGAUGGGUCUGACUCGCGGGACAAACCAAAGCUGUACCGACUUCAGCACAGCAUCACUGAGGUCGGCUCAGAUUGCACAGAGGACGGCGCCAUCCAGGUAACAACGGCACGAAAACACUAAAGCCAGUUAUGUAAU